UGCUGUGAGUCCCCGUGCCGUGCUCGCUGUGCCUGCUGUCCUUCCUGUGGGUUGUGGGUGUCCCCAGGCCGUGCCUUUCUGUGCUUCCUGGCCCCACGCGUGAGUGGCCCCGGGCCGUGCCCUCCUGUGGCUGCGGUGCCCGCGCGGGAGUGUCCCGUGCCGCCGCAGCUGUGUCGCGCCGGGUCCUGCCCGGAGCCGUGCGUUCCCUCCCAGCAGUGCCCUCCUCCCGCCAGGGAAUGGCCGGCGCUCUCCUCUUGGCGAGCGGCGCCCGCCCGGCGCAGCCCGCGUCCAUCGCCGUGACCUUCCUCCCCCCGCCCCGUCCGUGUCUGUUUGUCUUUCCAGCCCACUCAUCGCCGGCCAGUGUUGACUCUGCGCAUUCCUUCCCAGCAGCCCGCCGCCGCCGCUCACUACGCGGGGCUGACGCUGCCGUCCCACUCCGGGGCCGCUCUGCUGGGCUCCAGCUGCUGAUAAAUGCAGGGACUUUGAGGAAGUGGAAGAGGUUUCCCUGAGUGACUGGCAUCGCUUGGGAACGGAGGUGUGGAUUAACGCCGGUCCUGACCUGGGGAUAAAAGCUUCAAGGUCUCAGCUCUCCCCAGGCAUCUCCAGGACUCAUCCUAUCCACACCAGCACCAUGGCAUCAGCGUGGUCCUGCUGGGUCCUCCUGCUGCUCCUGCCUGCCCUGACCCACGCUGGGGGACCCGGUCCUGUCCUCGUCAACCGCCCCUUUGUCACCAUCUGGAACAUCCCCACUGAGCGCUGCGCCCAGGAGCACAAUGUCACCCUCAGCCUGGAGGUCUUUGAUGUGUUGGCUAAUGACCAGCAGUCCUUCACCGGGCAGGACAUCACCCUCUUCUACAGCGACAAGAUUGGUCUCUUCCCCUACUACACAUCCAAGGGGGUGCCAGUGAAUGGGGGGCUCCCCCAAAAUGCCAGCCUGGAUGCUCACAUCCACCAGGCCACCCAGGACAUCAAGGUGACCCUGCCUAGCCCUGACUACGCUGGGCUGGCUGUCAUCGACUGGGAGAAGUGGCGCCCAUUGUGGAUCCGCAACUGGGACUCCAUGGAGAUCUACCAGCAGAAGUCGAAGGAGCUGGUGCAGCAGCAGCACCCGCAGUGGCCUCCCAAGGAGGUGGAGGAGAUGGCCAAGCAGCAGUUUGAGAAGAGCGCCUGCGAUUUCGUGAACAAGACCCUGUGGCUGGGCAAGAGCCUCCGUCCCAGCGCCUACUGGGGCUUCUAUGGUUUCCCUGACUGCUACAACAAUCACUUUGACACCCUGCCCUACAAUGGGACGUGCCCAGAUGUGGAGCAGCAGAGGAACAAGAACCUGUCCUGGCUCUGGAGGAGCAGCUGGGCGCUCUACCCCAGCAUCUACCUGCCCCUCUGCCUCAAUGGCACCAGCAAGGUUCUUCCCUAUGUGCGGCACCGCGUGGCCGAGGCUUUCGCUGUCCAGCAGGGAAUCCUCGACAGUGCCAUCCCCGUCCUGCCCUACUCCCAGAUCGCCUUCGAGCGCACUCUGCACUUCCUUUCCCAGGAGGACCUGGUGAACACCAUCGGGGAGAGCGCGGCGCAGGGUGCUGCUGGCAUCAUCCUCUGGGGCAGCCUGGACUACAGCACCUCCAAGGAGAUGUGCCUGAGGCUGAAGGACUACGUGGAGGGGCCCCUGGGCCACUACAUCGUCAAUGUGACAGCCAGUGCUGAGCUGUGCAGCCAGAGCCUGUGCUCCGGCCAGGGCCGCUGCGUGCGCCAGCACAAGCAGCAGGGCUACCUCCACCUGGACCCCUCCUGCUUCACCAUCGACCUGCACGCUGGCAAGCCCUGGCUGGUGUCUCAGGGCCUGGAGUCUGGGGAGGACAUCUCCAAACUGGCCCAGGAGUUCAGCUGCCAGUGCUAUGACAAGUGGCAGGGACCCCGCUGUGACACCCAGGGCUUUGCCAAGUGACCCCCCCCCCCCCACACGCAAUCCUCCCACCCUGGGGACACUGGGGCAGACAGGGUGACACUACCUCAGCACCCUUGCCAUGGGGUUGAGAACCUGACUGUGGGAUUGUUAAUAAAACCAGAAAGCACCA